AUGCCUGCGGCUAUUCCACCGGUGGUCAGCAAAUUCACACCAGAGCAACCACGCAGCCUGUGGAAGGCCGCACUCAGGUCGACUAUGGAGCCCAAAAUCGCUCCCACCCUCCCCCCUAUGGACCGGCGGGAGUCACACCCUGAGGGAGUCAAGAUGGCCGCCGAAUUGGGACCCAGCUCACUCCAAACUCCCAAGAGGUGGGCCACCCAGAAGUACAGCAUCACACAAGCCUUUGACAAAUACUGGGCAAAAUAUCGGGAAAUACCCCUACAGGAUGUAACAAAGUGUUCCACUGCAAAACCGACCCAAAGCAACUUGCAGAUCGACACGAAUCCAAGCUGGAUUACAGCCAAGCAAACCACAAGGCAGCAGGAGAGUAAGCAGAGGCAAUGCAUCAGACGGAGAGCCUCCCAAGACCAAACCUGGUCACGCAAGCCAUACCUGCCUCAGGCUGCCACCAACCGCACUCCCAGAUAA